AUGUGGAAACUGAUCUAUCUGAGUCACACAGAGACACAGUCACAUAGAACACAGUCACACAGGGACACAGGGACACAAUCACAUAGGGACACAGUCACAAAGGAACACAGUCACACAGGGACACAGUCACACAGGGACAGUCACACAGGGACACAGUCACACAGGGACAGUCACACAGGGACACAGUCACAAAGGAAAACAGUCACACAGGGACACAGUCAUACAGGGACAGCCACACAGGGACACAGAGACCGUCACACAGUGACACAGGGCACAGAGAAGUGUGAGUCUGGAGGUAGCACAGAGAAGUGUGAGUCUGGAGAUAGCACAGAGAAGUGUGAGUCUGGAGGUAGCACAGAGAAGUGUGAGUCUGGAGAUAGCACAGAGAAGUGUGAGUCUGGAGAUAGCACAGAGAAGUGUGAGUCUGGAGAUAGCACAGAGAAGUGUGAGUCUGGAGGUAGCACAGAGAAGUGUGAGUCUGGAGGUAGCACAGAGAAGUGUGAGUCUGGAGGUAGCACAGAGAAGUGUGAGUCUGGAGGUAGCACAGAGAAGUGUGAGUCUGGAGGUAGCACAGAGAAGUGUGAGUCUGGAGGUAGCACAGAAAAGUGUGAAUCUGGAAGUAGCACAGAGAAGUGUGAGUCUGGAGGUAGCACAGAGAAGUGUGAGUCUGGAGGUAGCACAGAGAAGUGUGAGUCUGGAGGUAGCACAGACAAGUGUGAGUCUGGAGAGAAGUGUGAGUCUGGAGGUAGAACAGACAAGUGUGAGUCUGGAGGUAGCACAGAGAAGUGUGAGUCUGGAGGUAGCACAGACAAGUGUGAGUCUGGAGGUAGAACAGACAAGUGUGAGUCUGGAGGUAGCACAGAGAAGUGUGAGUCUGGAGGUAGCACAGAGAAGUGUGAGUCUGGAGGUAGCACAGACAAGUGUGAGUCUGGAGAUAGCACAGAGAAGUGUGAGUCUGGAGGUAGCACAGAGAAGUGUGAGUCUGGAGGUAGCACAGAGAAGUGUGAGUCUGGAGGUAGCACAGAGAAGUGUGAGUCUGGAGGUAGCACAGAGAAGUGUGAGUCUGGAGGUAGCACAGAGAAGUGUGAGUCUGGAGGUAGCACAGAGAAGUGUGAGUCUGGAGGUAGAACAGACAAGUGUGAGUCUGGAGGUAGCACAGAGAAGUGUGAGUCUGGAGGUAGCACAGAGAAGUGUGAAUCUGGAAGUAGCACAGAGAAGUGUGAGUCUGGAGGUAGCACAGAGAAGUGUGAGUCUGGAGGUAGCACAGAAAAGUGUGAGUCUGGAGGUAGCACAGAGAAGUGUGAGUCUGGAGGUAGAACAGACAAGUGUGAGUCUGGAGGUAGCACAGAGAAGUGUGAGACUGGAGAUAGCACAGAGAAGUGUGAGUCUGGAGGUAGCACAGACAAGUGUGAGUCUGGAGGUAGCACAGAGAAGUGUGAGUCUGGAGGUAGCACAGAGAAGUGUGAGUCUGGAGGUAGCACAGAGAAGUGUGAGUCUGGAGAUAGCACAGAGAAGUGUGAGUCUGGAGGUAGAACAGAGAAGUGUGAGUCUGGAGGUAGCACAGAGAAGUGUGAGUCUGGAGGUAGCACAGAGAAGUGUGAGUCUGGAGGUAGCACAGACAAGUGUGAGUCUGGAGAUAGCACAGAGAAGUGUGAGUCUGGAGGUAGCACAGAGAAGUGUGAGUCUGGAGGUAGCACAGAGAAGUGUGAGUCUGGAGGUAGCACAGAGAAGUGUGAGUCUGGAGGUAGCACAGAGAAGUGUGAGUCUGGAGGUAGCACAGAGAAGUGUGAGUCUGGAGGUAGCACAGAGAAGUGUGAGUCUGGAGGUAGAACAGACAAGUGUGAGUCUGGAGGUAGCACAGAGAAGUGUGAGUCUGGAGGUAGCACAGAGAAGUGUGAAUCUGGAAGUAGCACAGAGAAGUGUGAGUCUGGAGGUAGCACAGAGAAGUGUGAGUCUGGAGGUAGCACAGAAAAGUGUGAGUCUGGAGGUAGCACAGAGAAGUGUGAGUCUGGAGGUAGAACAGACAAGUGUGAGUCUGGAGGUAGCACAGAGAAGUGUGAGACUGGAGAUAGCACAGAGAAGUGUGAGUCUGGAGGUAGCACAGACAAGUGUGAGUCUGGAGGUAGCACAGAGAAGUGUGAGUCUGGAGGUAGCACAGAGAAGUGUGAGUCUGGAGGUAGCACAGAGAAGUGUGAGUCUGGAGGUAGAACAGACAAGUGUGAGUCUGGAGGUAGCACAGAGAAGUGUGAGACUGGAGAUAGCACAGAGAAGUGUGAGUCUGGAGGUAGCACAGACAAGUGUGAGUCUGGAGGUAGCACAGAGAAGUGUGAGUCUGGAGGUAGCACAGAGAAGUGUGAGUCUGGAGGUAGCACAGAGAAGUGUGAGUCUGGAGAUAGCACAGAGAAGUGUGAGUCUGGAGGUAGCACAGAGAAGUGUGAGUCUGGAGAUAGCACAGAGAAGUGUGAGUCUGGAGGUAGAACAGACAAGUGUGAGUCUGGAGGUAGCACAGAGAAGUGUGAGUCUGGAGGUAGCACAGAGAAGUGUGAGUCUGGAGAUAGCACAGAGAAGUGUGAGUCUGGAGGUAGAACAGAGAAGUGUGAGUCUGGAGGUAGAACAGACAAGUGUGAGUCUGGAGGUAGCACAGAGAAGUGUGAGUCUGGAGGUAGCACAGACAAGUGUGAGUCUGGAGAUAGCACAGAGAAGUGUGAGUCUGGAGGUAGCACAGAGAAGUGUGAGUCUGGAGAUAGCACAGACAAGUUUGAAUCUGGAAUCUGCAAGUUCAAGGAAAUGCGCAUUGGUGAGAUUAACAGAAUUAUCAAAAAAGCUAAAUUUAAUAAUUGUUCAAUCCUUUCGUGA